AUGGAUAUUGACUCGAGCCCUUCUAUGGCUAGAGGAGUUUUAGCUCCCCCAGUCGAACAACAUCAACCAGUACCAGAUCCACGACCACCACCACCUGGGACAGAGCAGCCUCGAGACUUCCUCGCUCCUCCAAAGCCGCAACUUCACUCACAAAGCUUAGUAGCGAGUUCCCAGGUUCUCACCGAUGGACUCCCGUCUGUAUCUGUACAAUUGGGAGCCGCCGCCUCUGUGUCGCCGAUUCCUGCGGCAUAUCUCCCUUCCGGGUUCAGUCUAGGAACGCCUAGAACCCAAUCACUCGCCGAGAGUGAGAUAGAUGCAUUUCCACAGCUAGACACGCCCGAUGAAGACCUUGGGGAUGAUUUACUACCUCGCGUUCCGAAACCAUUUCUCGAAGGUGGUACACCAUAUCAAAUAGAGGAGCAAAAGCCUUACAAGCUUACGGUACAGGAACAGCUCGUCACAAGAGUGUCAGAGACAGUGACCAACAAGACUCUGGGAUUCGUUGAUCAGAGCGAUUACUUGGUUGAACUUGAGGCUAUUCCCAAAGACGAGAUUGAGAGUACAACAUCUGGAGCCCCCGGUUCGCUUGGGGAGGCAACUUACUUCACUGCUCUCGCUGUAGUUGCCCUCGCACCCGGCAACUACGAACCAGAUGAAUGGGGGAAGCAGAACGCUGAUGCAGCGAUUGGUCGGUUCCUCAAAGUAUUGGAGCAGACGAGCUGGGACAAGACCGACUUCCUCUUCGACGGGGAAACAUCUCAGGGCACCGAACAUCCAAUCCGCCAUCCCAAAUGGCUUGAAUGGAAUGAAGAUGGGCGCAAGAGGAUACGGCCUAUGUCCAAGGACGCCUUUGGCCCAAUCGUUGCCGCUUGCUACUAUACAUACAACUGCCCCAACAGCUCCGAGGGUGUACGGACGCAAAGCCAGCGCGUUAUCAAACGCUGGGUGACAUAUCUCAGCGAGCACAGCUGGACCAUACACACCAACUGGGCAAAAAUUGAGUUCGUAAAGCCUACUUAUAGCAGUUCAGACCGCGUGAAUACCAAUGGUAAGCUGGGCAUCGAGGCGUUCCUACUUUUGCCUCAUGAGCUGUAUGCGCUUAAGCUGUGCGCCGAAUCUCUCUCGGUGCCGCACUCGAUCAUCAUCCCGUUCUUUGAUAUAGCUGUUGCCGUCGAGCUCGCAAUUCCGAUCAUCGUCAAAAGCCUCCGCGAUGCCCUGGAUCAUGUCCUCGACUAUUUCAACUAUAGCACGUCUUUCGAUAUUGAGCUCAUCCGUGGCUGGCGGCGCAGUGCUAUCAAAGGGCACUUUUUUAUAAACAUCCUGGCGCCUGCAAAGACCCCAAUACUUGAUGCAUUCGAAGCCGCCUGCAAAGUGGCAUUCUCCAAAAACGCACAUAUCUUCAUAGAUCCUCAUGCGCGUACUCUUGGAUUCGAUACAGUCAUUCUAGAAUUGAUCGAUGGCAUAAUUGAGCUCUUUCCAGAGGCUUUGAAACUUUUCCCGCUUGGCAGCGUCCUCGUAGACCUUUUUAAACAAUUGCUUCCAUGGUUCGAUACGGAGGUACUCUCGGAAUUCUUUGCCUUUGUGAUUUGGUUCCUGCCCACAAUCGUAGCGAAGGACUCGGACUUUGGCUACUUUGUUUGGAGUUUUGCGGUGCUGCUCGAAACCCGGCCAUCUCUCGUUGCCUGGAUGCGUCCUUCCAUCCUGUCCAUCUUCGCCGCCGGUGCUAAUCGGGGCAACCCCAACGGGAUAUGGGCAUGGCUUGCAGAUGAAAAGUCAACCGUGAUGGCUCAAAUAAAGAGGUUCGAAGACGCUCAUGUCAACAACUGGAGGUGCUACGCGUACACCAAGAACUACGAACAAUGGCUCAAAAACGAUGUGAAUACGAACCCCAACACUCACGGGCCGGCAAGCUCUCGCCUCGACUAUCUCCUGCUUCAAGGUCUGGCGAAAAAAGGGACACCGCCGCUACUUCCAAACGUUCAGCUCAAUCUCAAAUUGGUGUGGGAAGGGUUUGCGACAUGCAUCCAAGGCCUCAAAGACGAAGCCUUGCGGCUAUUCAACACGCUCGGGAGCUACGAGCGUCAGUUCGUCGAUCGAGCUGGAGCUCUGGUGCGUGAAACUAUUGAUCUGGUCCAGGGUUUCACGCGCAACGUGUGGAAGGAAGGCAUCCAGACCAGCAGGUUUGUCCAUUCGCUGGCCGAAGGCUUUGUAGAGUAUACAGCUUGGACGGUUUCGGGUCUCGCGCACCACAUGAAAUGGGCAAAGGCGCUCUCGGAUCUGAGCCUCAGCUCAGCAGAUAUCAUCCACCUCAAGGUCAGGAAUGUUUUGGAUGUGUCUGGCGCUAUUAAAGAUCUGAAGGAUUUCACGGUCAUGCAGAUCCGCGCUGUUGGAGGAGAGUUGAAGCAAUGGGUCAAAUCGUCAGGAGUCCUCCUCACCUACAUGGUCUGGGCCAGCUCCUCGAUCUCUGGCGUAGCAGGCGCAGAGAAAAUGAUCCUUCACACGUUGCGGCUGAAGUCUGGGCCCCUUUUCCAAUGGAAAUUUGAAGCCGACAAAGGGCUGACGAGUUUCACCAACUGGGCAGACUCGAGGUUGGAUUUCACCGCUGAUGUGGGAAAAGUGGUUACGCAAGUAACGCGAGCCAUUAGUGGGAGCCUGAGCGUUGUAGGCAAGGAUGGCGAGCGACUCAUAAGCAGGAUAUUAUACCUAAAGUCUACCAUCGACGGCGCUGCCGGUCUAGCAGACUGUGUCUUGUUCCAGGCCCGUGCUCUGGACAGCUCGAUCGAGGAAUGGCACCUCGAGCUAGGCGUCCCGAAACAAUAUAGAAAAUGGAUUAGGUGCUCGGUGAAGAGCGUAGCAUCUGGGAAGGAGAUGGUCAAGAGUAUUGAGAAACUCGCUGAUGGCCGGUUUGUGACUAGGACUUAUCAGGAUGGUAUAGAGAAAAGUGGAAUUAUACUAGAUAAAUGGGGGAACGAAUUGGAGAAAAUUGGAAAGGGCGUUGGAGGUGCUGUGCAGGAUGUUGGAGAUUCUAUUGGCAAGUUGUUCCCAGGAUGGCAUAUCUGA